AAUUUCACCAAAAGCGAGUCAGUGAUACACUCACAAGUCACAAAACACAAAUGCUCUGUUUCUGUUUACAGUCACCUCAUUCCUUUCACUUCCUGCUUUCCUCCUUCAGACCCCCCUAGUCUUCUUCUUCCUCCCUUCUCUUUCUUCUUUCAGCUCUUUUCUAAACCUGUCACAUGCAACCACCAUUUCCACACCACCUUCAUCUCUCACUCCUCCAAUUCCAAUCAAAACUCAUGCAUCAUAAGCAAUAAGAAUAACAACAACAACAACCCCACUAGAUUUUUCAGCUGGGUUUGAUCACCUGCUUGCUCUUAUUUUGUUUUCAGCAAGCAUUUAAAGCAGUUUUGUCAGUUCUUGAUCUCCUGUCCACCUAUCAACCAUUUCUUCUCAAAACCCAUCAAUGGAUUGGAGCUCAGUUUGGGUCAUCAACUUCCCCAAUUCACUCUGCUGAAACCCAAAUCAAUUUGUCAAAUCUUGAGCUACCCAGAAUCACCAACUUCACAAAUUCCUCACCUUUUUGAAUUCUGACAGAUUUUCCUGGCCAUGAAGCUUCAAUGGGCACCUUUAGCAAUCCUACUAAGCCUUCUUUUUCUUCAGUUUACCUCAGCAGAGCCAACACCCAUGAAUUGUACGGACACGACUCGUCUCUGCACAUCGUUCCUGGCCUUCAAGCCCGAACCCAAUCAGACCCUGCCGGUGAUUCAGUCCAUGUUCGACGUGUUACCGGAAGACGUCACCGUCGGCGACCGUGGCUACGUCUUCAUCAAAAAGAACUGUUCUUGCGCUUCUGGGGUCAACGAGUAUUUGACCAACACGACGUUUACGGUGAGAUCGAGUGAAGGGUAUGUGUCUGACGUGGUGAAUGAGGCCUAUGGUGGCCUGACUUUCCUGCCCAACUCGACGAGGCGGGCCAGAAACGGCGCCGUUGUGUGGCUGAGGCUGCUGUGCGGGUGUUCGAGUGGGCUGUGGAACUAUUUGAUGAGCUAUGUGAUGGGGGAGGGGGAUAGCAUUGAGUCUUUGGCGAGUCGGUUCGGGGUUAGUAUGGAUAGUAUUGAGAAAGUUAAUGGGAUUGUUGAUCCUGAUAAUGUCACUGUUGGUGCUCUGUAUUAUAUACCUUUGAAUUCAGUUCCUGGUGAUCCUUAUCCUUUGGAGACUAUUUCUCCUGCUCCUUCUCCUGCUCCUGCUCCACCCGUUGACAAUUUGUCAGCAAAUCAUGUGAAUCAUAAGGCGCAUUUGCCCUAUUUAUGGAUCGUAGGAAGUCUGGGGUUAGUUCUUGUUGUGAUAGUAAUAGGUAUAGUUCUAUAUGUUUGCCUGAGGUCAUCAAACUGCUGCGGUGAAGCACAAAGAAGUCACUCAAAAGAUCCUGAUCGUAAGAUUAGGUUUCACAUUCUUCGGAGCCCCAGUUUCUUUUGUGGUUCAGGAAGGUUCACCUGUUGUACGUCUGCUGAUUGGAAGCAAACCAAUGGGGAUUCUAGCAACCAGCAGAUAACUAUUCCCAAAGCUCUUGGCAGUCAUGUACUUGACAUGGAAAAACCGGUGGUUUUUACAUAUGAAGAAAUCUUUUCCUCAACAGAUGGAUUCUCUGAUUCACGUCUUCUGGGAAAUGGAACUUAUGGUUCUGUGUAUUAUGGCUUACUUCAUGAGCAGGAAGUUGCUAUUAAAAGAAUGACUGUUACAAAAACCAAAGAAUUUCUAGCAGAAGUAAAAGUUCUAUGCAGGGUUCAUCAUUCUAAUCUGGUAGAAUUGAUUGGUUAUGCAGCAACUGAAGAUGAGCUCUUCUUAAUAUAUGAGUACGCCCAAAAAGGUUCACUUAAAAGCCAUUUGCAUGAUCCUCAGAACAAGGGUCAAACGUCACUUUCCUGGAUCAUGAGGCUCCAGAUUGCUCUUGAUGCUGCUAGAGGUCUUGAGUACAUCCAUGAGCACACUAAAGCUCAUUAUGUCCACCGGGAUAUCAAGACAAGCAACAUCUUGCUUGAUGGUGCCUUCAGGGGAAAGAUUUCAGAUUUUGGAUUGGCAAAACUUGUUGGUAAAACAGGUGAAGGAGAAGCUACGGUAACCAAAGUUGUUGGUACAUAUGGUUAUCUGGCUCCAGAAUACUUGAGCGAUGGGCGUGCUACUACAAAAAGUGAUAUUUAUGCUUUUGGAGUUGUUCUCUUCGAGAUUUUAUCAGGGAAGGAGGCUGUUAUACGAACUGAAGGCACAGUUACAAAAAAUCCUGAAAGACGCUCACUGGUAUCCAUUAUGCAAGCAGCUCUUAAAAGCGCACCUGACUCCAUGAGUAUGUCAAGCUUGAAAGAUUACAUUGAUCCAAAUCUGAUGGACUUGUAUCCCCAUGAUUGUCUACUCAAGGUGGCCAUGAUCGCUAAGCAAUGUGUAGAUGAAGAUCCCAUCCUACGGCCUGACAUGAAACAAAUUGUUAUUUCCCUGUCACAAAUCCUCCUAUCCUCGGUCGAGUGGGAAGCUACUCUUGCGGGGAACAGCCAGGUAUUCAGUGGCCUUGUUCAGGGAAGGUAGUGAAACAGAGACUUCCUGUUUAUACCCAAGUCAUUCAUAUUCUUUUGCCCCUCUUUUAUCUGUAGUGUGCUUUGUAUUUAUAAUAUAGCACAUAUAGUGGGAAGAUCGUGGUAUUUAUAUGCAAGUUUUGAGUUUGUUCCUCUCGUCUCCCUUUCUAGAUGUUUUAUUUUUUGUAGUGUCAUUUGUGAGAAAAUUUUGAUUUGAUGUAAACUGUGAUGGAGGAGUCAAGGAAGGGUUGUUUUCUUGUAAUACAAAGUUAGCAUUCAGUUUAUCAAUGUUUUUCAGUAUA